UUGGGUUUUUUUCAAAAUUUGGCUACUAAUGGAGCGAACAGAAUAAUCUUUUAGAGGUUGAAACAAUGACUUUUUAAGAGUAAAUUUUAUUUUGUAGAAAAGGUUUAAAAAUGAUUACGUACCGCCUCAUCGAACUCGUAUUAAAAGGAUGCAGUCUAGUUGUGCGCCGAGGUCACGAGAACGUCCAAAUCCUAUUGCAAUUUUUAUCGUUUUGGUUUUGCACAAAAAGAUGACUAUCUUAUCGCAACAAAGAUGUACCUUGAAAAAGCUCAUACUGCGCGUCAAACAAUCGUUACAGUGGUUGGCCAAAAUAUGUAUAUCCUUUUCUAAUCUUUUUGAAUCAAGUGCCCAAAAAGUUGAAGCGAAACGUGUUUCAUUUUUUCCUGUUCCUAACCAGACAGCUUUUUUUUUUCCAUUUUUUAAUGGCGGAAGUUAUUGCAGGUUUAACCUAUUUCCGCGUGUACAAACGCAAGUGGAUGGAAACAAAAAGUGGAAAAUGCGUUACCGCUUUCUCUUCUUCGUUUAGUCCCGCAUUUGACGACUGAAUGCUGCAAUUUUCGGCCGUCAGGGUUCCCAAACAUCUCGUAAAUAUCGUCUUCAAGUAUAGAAAAUUUAAUGAGAUGCAGACAAGGACGAGAUGUUUGGAAACAAUGCGAUAAUUACAUAGAAAAACAACACAAACAAGUUUCGCUACAUCAAAACCUAAAUGUGGAUCCGGGAUGUAGUUGACUCAUCUGCAUCGAAAGAUGCUGGGUUGUUGCCGUGUGGGGUGCAGUCAAGUCGCCAGACGCGUUUUUUUUUUUUCUCCUCUCCAGGUUAUUCCUCCGCUUCCAAGGACGUUUAUUUCAGAGGGAAUAAUGACUCCAAAGUUUUUUCAACCACAGCAACUAUUCGAGCUCGGAAAAUGCCAGAGGGAAAAUGAUGUUGUUUUUAUUCGCGUCCAACACGUCAAAGUGGAAAUCUGUUGGCUGUGUGUUGCAUAUUUGCACCUGUUGACCGGUCGGAAAAUGAAAUUGUUGCAGUAAUGGUAACAACGUACUUAAAACCUUCUGACAACUCUACAAUUUUGGUUUAUAGCGCGUGUUUGACUUUCAUUGCCAAAUGCCGGCCUUGGAAGAGUCCUUAACGUUUCGCAAAGCUUAAGCUAAGUAGUCAACAGGUAUGAGCUACCGUUGGAACCAUUUGCUAAGCUUCUUAUAACCGGAGUUUAUUCCAUUUCCUCGUCUCCAAAGUUUCCUUUCCCAAGGACGCUUUGAAUGACCAUUUCAAGCUAGCGGGCACCUUGGACAGUCACACACACAACCAAACAACCUUUCUUUUCAUCUUCCAAUUUGCCGUUUCUGGCAUACUUAAACGAAAGUGAUGGUGUGUGUGUGUGUGUUGUAUUGCAAUGACCUCGACAGAGACGCUUGUUUUUAUCAACAUGGAGCUACGGCCAAAUUUUAUUUGCCCACUUUCCAGUGUAUAAUGGUGCUGAUUUAGGGAAAAGGAGAGGCUGGCAGUACCGUCCUUUAUCCGUUCAUUACGAACAACUUUACAUGAGAAGAUAUGAUCAAUCGUUGGGCGUUUAUGCGGCAAAAAGACGAGUGUAUCACGUAGAAAGUGAGAAUUGCAGUUGGUGCUGACUCAACGGGAGCGCGGCAAGUACGUAUUUUUAUGUGCAAAUAACGAGAUUCUUUAUUUAGAAAAUUGUCGAGCAAUGGGCGUCGUUCUGCAUCAAUUUGCCAGUUAACGUUGGAGAAAAUUUCUUUCUUUGCUUUCGUCAUCGUUUUCCCAGCUGCCGCGUUAGCACCCCUGCUGAAAUGAAUGUUUUCAUCCUCCUUCCGACGCCCUUUUUCGGAUUAUUUAUAUUUUAGAGAUUCUGGAAGGUAUCAAAAGAAGUGGUACAAGUGUUGUUGGCCUGCGGAGGUGAGGGGGUGGCUUCGAAAGUGGGUCAUUGGCCUAACGGGGUUGGCAUCCAUUCGGCAGGUCUAUACCAGCAGCUUGCGUCGAAAUCCCCAAGUUGAGCUCCAACUCUCGUCAAGACUCCACGUGUUUUGUGUGUGUGUGUAUACUUCAUUCGCUCACGCAGUGCAGUCAAAGCUUGUUUGUUUAAUCGCAGUGAUACUUCCGUGACAAUUCUCGCAUCAAAUCACAAAAAGAAAUCGCUGAAAAUAAUCGGACCAAGCUCUGGUAUUCUAAGACAUAAUUUGAGAGCCCUACUUUUGCGUUUAACCGACUGGCCUAAAUUUUGUCGCGUACCAAUUGUUUGGCGAACUAAGAUUUCGUUCGUUCAAAGAAUUUCUCCGUUAGUUGGUUUAUUUCGAUAUCGAGGGUACCUAUUUCACGUGAGGUCGACUUCCCCUUGUGUUUACGUAGGAAAAUGGCGUGGGAUAACUGAAGUUGUUUUUCUGCCUUUCAAACAGCUGACUGAGAGAAAUCGCCGAGUUUAACACAGAGAGUGAAAGUCAUGCGAGUGUGUACAGGGAGUGGAAGCGGCCAGUGAAAAGUGAAAGAGUCGAGUUUUCCUUUCCUUUAAUUUAAUUCUUGCGCAGACACACGCACCCACUCAUAGUCGGGGCAUACUCCGAAUACAAAAGCGACAGGCGAACUUUUGGCUGGCCUUGACUCUGCCCAGCCCACCUUUCUUUUUCUACUUGCAACAGACGUCUUUUAUUCUCACACAAUCAGCAAGUGACUCGUGAAAAAUCUCACCACCACCAAGAAUGUCUUCCCGGAUCCUCUUCCUGCUACCCUUUUUGUUUUUACUUCACCUUCAAGUUUCCUAUUGCGUUUACAUUCCACCCGGACCGAAAUAUCCGUGUCCGCAAGAACCAAGGCUUAUCUAUCCAUGCCUCUGCAUUCGAGGUGCCGAUACUGGUCUGGUGGUACACUGCAAUCGAACUAAUUUGGCUACAUUGUCUGUUGGACUCAAUAACGCCGGGGCACCAAUCGAUGAGCUACUUAUUUCCCAUUCUCGCAUCACUCGGUUGUACGGGCCAUUGUUCCAUAAUGUCGAGAUUCGUCGACUCGUCAUCAUUGACACGCCUCUGAAUUAUAUUGAAGAUGACGUCUUCCUUGGUGUAUCGAACUCGACGCUCGUCAUGCUUAACCUCACGCGGACGGAGCUGGUAGAAAUACCCGAGGGUCUAAAGAAACUCUCGUCUUUGACCGUUUUGCGAGUGGAUCAAAGCAAACUCGAUAACAUUUCUAGUCGAGCGUUUGCCGGCCUUCAUUUGGAAGACUUGCGUUUGAUAAACGCCAACAUCUCGCAACUGAUGCCAGAGGCUUUUGCUGGCCUCGACAAGUUGAAAACUCUCGACUUGCACGGCAAUCAGUUAAAGGAAAUACCAAAAGGUAUUUUCCAACCUCUUCGCAACCUGGAAGUGCUCGACGUCGGCCACAACUUCCUGUCGAAAUUACAGCCGACCUACUUUUCCGAUCUCGCUAAGCUUAUCAACGUUAACGUGUCACACAACGGACUGACUGAAUAUCCUCGAGGAGUCUUUGCACGCAACACGGUGUUGCGAGUAAUCAAUUUGAGUGGGAAUAAAAUUCAGAAAUUGGAUUCGAAUUCUUUUCGCGGCAUGCGAUUCCUUCGUCGACUCUAUCUCAACGACAACAACAUUAGCGAUAUUGGCAGGGGAACAUUUGGUGCCGUUUCUCGUAUCGGCACCAUCGAUUUGGCACGUAAUUUUCUGCAAAAGAUCGACUUUCAAAUGUUCCACGAGUUAAACCUUUGCGAACAUAUUGAUGUGUCCGAUAAUCGAAUCACCAAGAUCGAGAAAGCGGCUUUCAAAGAUAUCUACCUGGCCAAAGUCAACAUCAGUUACAACCAACUGGAAAUAGUGGAAGCGGGAGCGUUUGUCAACUGCGCCAAUAUGACAUUGCUAGACUUUUCGCACAACAAUCUGACGGGAUUUUCGCGCACUGCUUUCGAUUCCACCACGUAUCCGUUCGAGCUACGUCUCGAUUUCAACCAAAUCACCAAUCUUUCGCAUGUUCCUUUUGACUUCAUGACGGGCAUCGCAAUAUUGAACGUCAGCUACAACCAAUUGCAGGUGGUACCGAAGAGGACCUUUCCCAAGUUGUACGAGCUGCACACUGUCGAUUUUUCGCACAAUCAGCUGACUGAAAUUGAUGGCGCGACAAUGUCCAACUUGUUUACUCUGCGGUACUUAAACCUCAGUCAUAACAACAUGGGAUCGCUGAGUGGCUCAUCCAUUGGUAAUAUGCCGACAUUGAUUGAACUGGAUUUCAGUCACAAUCAAGUGAAAGACGUAGCUAGAAGCGCAUUUACUCGCCUUUCAUCAAUCCGUUGGCUUUCACUGGAACAUAAUUUCAUUUCAAACAUCUUCACGUUGCCUAUUUCAUUGCUGGAACUCAACCUGGCCAACAACCGUGUGUCGAAAAUCCCGGCCAACCGCAUUUGGCCGGUAAUGAACUCACUGCUCUUACUGGAUCUGAGCAACAAUGAAAUUGGCGAUAAUCUAGAAUCGGGUAGUUUCGCCAAUCUCAUCAGCUUGCAAAGACUUGAUUUGAGAAAUAACUCGAUUCGGAACAUACCUUAUCAAGCACUCGCCGAUUUGAAUACUAUUCAGUACAUCUUCCUCGAUUUCAACAACAUAACCGAGUUGAACCGAGGUGCGUUUGGCCGUCUUCCCAUUGUCUUCCAAUUAGGUCUGAGUCACAACAACAUUAGCCAAGUCAGUGAGAAAGCCUUCGAAGGACUUCUCCAACUCCUUCAUCUCAACAUGAGCUUCAACGUCAUCUCUUCCAUACCCACGGGAGCUUUUCACGGUCUGGUGUCGUUGAGGACGCUAGAUCUCUCGCAUAACACCAUAGAAAGGCUGGACAAUAAAACACACUCGCUGCUGGAAGAUUGCCUCUCUCUUGAAAGGAUCAACUUGACACACAAUCAGAUAUCGUUCAUCUCGCCCAAAACGUUUCCUGAGAGUCCGUGGAUCCCAUAUCGGUUGUCUGAAAUUGACUUGUCCUUCAAUCAGAUGCCGGUUCUGUCUAAAGAGAUCCUCAUCGGAACAAAAAAAGUUCGCCAACUUAACCUUAGAGGAAAUAUGCUGAAUGAAAUUCGAAAAGGUGUACUUACGAACAUGACCAGCUUGGAAUCUCUUGAUUUGGCCUACAAUGGACUAACGCAUUUAACGAAAGGCUUGUUGGGCCCGUUGCCUAAUUUGACUCAAUUGGAUUUAAGUCAUAACUUAAUGGUUGAUAUUCCUAUUGACGAAAUCGUUGCUUCGCCUCGGCUCAAAAUAGUCAACUUGCGCUCCAAUCGCCUGACGCGCUUUUACGACGAAUUCAUGUCGUUGAUAGAGAACAAUUCCACCCAAGUCUUUAUGGAAGGCAAUCCAAUUGCCUGCGACUGCCGACUGAGGCCUUUGCAGUUUUGGUUGAGUGGCAUCGAUCUACGAGACGAUAACCCUUGGAGUCAAACUCUAUGCCAAGAACCGCAUUUGCUGGCCGGUCAAACUUUGGCAUCCGUUGACGACGAAUCAUUGACGUGUGGUCGCAGCGUGAAUAACAAGGCCAAGUACGCCAUCGUCAAAGAUGUCGUCUUUCGGGAGGUGACGAGUUUGGGCUCAUCCAUCACGUACAGCUGGUACGUGCAAACGCGACAAGACGUGGGUGACUUUUCUGUUGAGGUCCGUCCCAUGUUGAAAGAAUCGCAGCAGCCGGGCCAACCAGAUCUGGUCAGUUCUCCAGUCAUUUCUAAAGACGUAGGCUACGGUUUGCGUUCAGAUCAAAUCGAUGGUAUCGAUCGACCUAGCCAGUAUGUCGUAUGCAUUAGAGCUCGAGACAGCUUGGGCUACCUCCGACCUUGGAAACCCAAUCAGUGCCAACCGGUAAUUAGUAGCCAUGCUUCUAAGGCGACUAUGCGAAAUUUCGCGUCGUUCUUUUUUCUCGUCGCGGCGAUUCACGUCUUCCUCGGCUUUGCCCGUUGACAUUUCCCAUCACCUUGAAGUGCCCACACAACUCGAAAGGAUGAGCCUGUUUCGAUGCCAAGGUUUUGGUUUUGUGAUAAUAAUUAUUAUACAAGCUGCACUCGUGUUAUUGUUUCGCCUAUGCUUUCGUUUUCACACGAAAAACUACUCAUCAUCAUAGCAUAUAUAUAUUACUUGCGUCGUCGUUAUACGUGGGCUAUGACUGUACGAAUUUGAUUGGAGAUACACUGUUCUAUUGUCGUUAUUUGCUAAAAAUAAAAAUAAAGAAAGUCAUUCUGCGA